UUUGUUUUUGUAAGUACAAAUAUACACUUGUAAAAUGAGCAUUUGGUUCUAUUAGCAAAUGUUUAAUUAAGACUGCUGGCUCAAGAAAAAGAGGUGUCUAUAACCUAAAAUACUAAGCAUUAGCCCAGAUGUAAGAAAUAUACUACUAUGGCUCUCCAACCAAACCUUGCCAAGGACGCAUAAAUAAGCAAUAUCAUCCCUUUGGAGUUUUUCUAUAAUGUUAAAUAACAUUAUUGUUUUCUCCUAUCAUUACAAUUUUACUGUACAUUUACUGUACAUUUAAACAGAAAGCAAAACUACAUGUUGAAACGUACCUAAACACCUGCAGACGUAUGCUCGGGAUUUACUUAAUAUUCAGAAAAACUUUCUCCGUGUUACUGGAAUGUUUUUUUUCCUUCCUAUGCCUAUUUUGGUAAGGUUGAAUAUGAUAAAAGUGCUGAGUUUAUUGAUGCUUUGCGUGUGCCUAAAAGCAGAUAAUGGCAAAUGUGAAGAAAUGACCAGUACUUGUGCAGUCGUUACAUGUGGCGCACACAGCUCAACUGGAUUGCCUGGAAGGGAUGGAAGAGAUGGCAAAGAAGGCCCAAAAGGAGAAAAGGGAGAUAAAGGUUUGCAAGGAUCAAGGGGCAUUCAGGGACCUCCUGGAAAAAUUGGUCCUCCUGGUGUAAAAGGUGAAAUGGGCUCUGUCGGGGAGAAGGGGGACCCUGGACGAAGUGCUUCUUCGGAGGUUGAAGUUGUUAAGGGUCAAGUGAAGGCUCUGGAAGGGCAACUGCACCUGCUACAAGAAAAUUUUAACAAGUAUAACAAAAUUUUGCUUUUUCAUGGUGGCAAGAAAGCUGGUGAGAAAAUCUUUGUAACCAAUGGCCAUGAAGAGAGUUUUGAAAAUGCCUUGAAGACGUGCAAAGAAGCUGGGGGUAAACUGGCCACCCCAAAAAAUGCUGCAGAGAACCAUGCAGUGCAGGAGAUUCUACACACAAAGGGUGACACUGUUAAGUCUUUUCUAGGAAUAUCAGACAUUCAAGUUGAAGGGAUCUUUAAAUAUCUUGGUGGAGAUAAAAUAACUUUUACCAACUGGAACUUAGGAGAACCAAACAAUAGCAAAGACAAUGAAGACUGUGUGGAGAUUCAGGAUAAUGGAAAAUGGAAUGAUAUUCCAUGUUCUCUGCUUAGAUUAGUGAUAUGUGAAUUUUGAUUGUUUUGAGCAUAUUGAUUAUGAAUGUUUGUUCAGCUAUCAGUUUAACCAAAAUGUAUCAUAACACACAUGGUAACAUUACUGAAAAUAAUAAUACAUCUUCCUUGUAUGCAAGAAUAUGUAAAUUCUUUUGUACUUCAGAAAUCUGACCUAAAUAUGAUGUUAAAUUUAACAUAUGAAAAUAAAAAAAAUUGUAUUAUGCAGGAAAUUAUUAUGCACUGAAA